CCCUUGCUUGUUUUUCUUUUUGUUUUGAUUAAGAAUAUAUCAUGUAACGGUUUCUAAUGCCAAUCAAUUUUCAAAUUUAAGAAUUCAAUGUAGAGUUCAGUUUUGAUUGUUAUGUACACGAACGCAAACAAAGCCCUGCGUGGCUUAGCUUGCACACGGCUUAGAAGAUUUCGGAUAUUCAGAAUAAUGGGUGUCAGGUUGCGUAUACGGGCUUGGAGAAUCAAUCCCCUCUCGGUGGAAUUUUCUUCAAAUUUCGAUGUGAUGCAGUUUUCCGGGAGACGUUCUAAGGUAUGACGGACACUUACGGUGAUUCAGAUGACGCUUUCUAUGCACCUGUGGAUUGUGUCGAUGAUUUAUGCUCUGAUUAAUAGCAGUUGUGGACAGCCCUGCCCAGAGUCGAUGGAAACGCUCGUUGAAGUCCCACACUGCCCGCAAAACAGAAAAGAAUGGGAUAUUGCAGCUGCAGAAAAGAAUUGUGAGAGUAUCGCAACCAAACAAACGUGCACAGAAUCAUCCAAAUUUGUAUAUCACUGCCUGAUGAAUGAAUGGGCUAAUGGAACAGUGGAAGUGUGUGCACCAACUUGGUUUCUUUCAGGUUUUUGUCCGAUGUUUAGUUCUGAUGAGCAGAGAGUGAAGAAUAACUUUGACCUGGACUGUAGCAGUUACCCCACACCAUGUGCCACAAGAUACAUCUCUUCGGAGGCCUACAAAUACCCCAGUUGUUAUGAGCACACAGAGAAUACACCAUCGGACAACAAGGGACAAGGAUAUAAUUGGGGAAUGCUUGGAAUUUCUGUGGGAGGUGGUGUGCUACUUUUAUGCAUUGCCCUUUUUGUAAUAUGGUGCAUGUGUAAGCGGAAAGGAAGGACACGUUAUGUUAAUCAGAAUGAUCAGAUGCUAGCCACAAUCGAGUCUGCAACUGACAACCAGAGACGAAAGGAGGAAGGUGACGUAGUUCCGGAACAAACACCAGAGCAUCCCAAACCAGAACAACGAUAUCAAAAUAGCACAAAAGCAUCGAACGAAAGCAAUAACGAAAAUCACAAAGAUCCACCAGGAUAUGGUACCCCUAUGAUGGAACCACUAAUAUAGUACUCUAACACAUUGUUACAUUUAUUCAAGUUUUAUAAUUGUAAUGGCGACUCAAUCAUACUUCAUGCACAUGGUAUUUUCCUAUUUCAAUAGCCUCUGCUCAUGGUGAUUAAAUCCAACCAUUGAA